GGAGUCCACAUUUCUCCUCGUGAAGAUGGGCACAAACAUGUAUCGCCUGCUCCGCAAACUGUGUCCCUUCUCCAUUCUGUGGAGAAACCCUGAGAAACCUGAGGAAUCCAGGAGCUUGUUACCCAAGGGUGCACAGAACACAAAAUAUGGCCAGGAAUCGGAUGAAUUCCUAUACUGCACUCAUAAUGGUGCUGAAGUAGAGAGCUCUCCAUCGUCUGAUGAUCCAAAAGACUGGCCACCUCCAGGCUAUCAUCCCGAUCCCUUCAUACCCAUCAUGAAAUAUCUUAUGUUCUUCUUCAAUGUCAUCUUCUUCACAUUGGGCUUCGGCCUGCUAUGCUUUGGGUUUUGGGGCCUUGCUGACAAGGAGUCCUUGAUCGGAGAGAAGAUUGGUAAUCUGGGUACUGACCCCAUGCUGAUAUUCGUCCUGGUGGGCCUGGUCGUGUGCUUUUUGUCCUUCUCGGGAUGCGUCGGUUUCAUCCGAGAAAACAUAUGCCUCCUCAGGCUUUUCUCUACUGGCAUUGCCAUGCUGUUGGUUACACAAUGCGUUUUGGCCUUGGUGGUCCUUUGUUUUCGUGAUCGAAUUCAGGAUUCAGUGAAGAAGACCAUGCUGGUAGCCAUGAGCAGAUAUCAAGAUGACUCAGACCUUAAGUUUCUAUUGGAUGAGCUACAACUUGGUAUGGAGUGUUGUGGAGUACAGUCCUACCAAGACUGGUCCAUAAAUCUGUAUUUUAACUGCAGUUCUCCUGGCGUCAACUCCUGUGGGGUCCCUUAUUCCUGUUGCAUCGACCCACUUCAAAAUGGUACUGUGCCCAAUUCCCAGUGUGGAUUCGGAGCCCUAGGCAUGAGUGAGGCCAUGGCGAGCACCCUGAUCUACCUGGGAGGCUGCGUCCCUCAGCUUGUACUUUGGAUCAACUACAGAAUUUGGGAUAUCUUUGUUGGUUACCUCUUGGUGACCGCUGUAGAACUUGUAUGUAUUGUUUGUGCCCAAAGGGUAAUGAGAGAAAUCAAAAUGAUAAAAUCUCUAUAUUAA